AUGAGAAAGGUUGAAUCAUUAAAUUGGCGAAUGCCAAAUAAUUAUUAUAAAAUAAUUGUUAUAAUAUUUGUAUUAAUUAUAUUCAAUAAUAAUUUUAUACAAUACCAAGUUGAAGGUGCAAAUUUGGAAGCUUAUACUAAUUUUGAAGUUGUUGAUGGUGGUUUAAUUGAAAAAUCACCACAAUCUUCAAAAAUUAAUACUAAUAAUCGUAAACGACAUGAAAGAGGAGCAUUAUCACAAAUAGGAAAUGAAAAAAAAUCUUUGAAUGAUAAUAAGAUUAACAAUUCGAAUGACAACUUGAAUAUUCUUAAUAUGUCAAAUUCAUUUGAAAAUACAACACAUCUUUCGGGAAAAGAAAAAUGUACUCGAAAUAGUCUUAAUAUGGGAAAUAUUAUUAAAUCACUUUUAAAAGAUUAUGAUACUCAUUUACUACCAGAAUCUGAUGGUGUUAAUGUUACAAUUGAAUUACAUGUACAGGGUGUGUCUGGAAUAUCUGAGAUAACAGCUGACUUUGAAUUAGAUAUAAUGUAUAGUGAGAUAUGGUCUGAUAAGAGAUUAAGUUUUCAUCAUUUAAAUGUUUGUGCUACCAACAUAACAGUUAAAAGUGAUUUUAGAAAUAAAAUUUGGACACCAGAUACAUGUAUUAUUAAUUCAAAAGAAAGUGCUAUUCAUAGUUCACCAUCAGAGAAUACUUUUGUUAUUCUAUACCAAACUGGUAUGGUUUGGAGUAAUUUUAGAAUGAAUGUUCGUGCUCCAUGUUCUAUGGAUUUAAAAAUGUUUCCAUUUGAUAGAAUUGAGUGCAGGUUAACUUUUGAAAGUUACUCUUUUAAUAGAGAUGAAGUUCGGUUAUUAUGGCAUAAUAAUGCUGUAACAAUGAUGGAAAAAGUUGAAUUACCUGAUUUUGAUUUAAUUGGUUGGACUACACAUAGAAAACAAAUGGAUUAUCCUAAUGGAGUUUGGGAUCGUGCUCAGGUUAAUUUUACUUUUGCUAGACGUUAUGGUUUUUAUCUUUUUCAAUCAUACUUUCCAACUUCAUUAACUGUUAUUAGUAGUUGGGUUGGAUUUUUCUUUGAUGUUCGAUCAGUAUCUGCCAGAAUAACAUUAGGUGUCAGUUCUUUAUUAGCAUUAACAUUUCAAUUUGGUAAUGUUCUUAGGCAUCUACCAAGAGUUAGUUAUAUAAAAUGUCUUGAUGUAUGGAUGAUAUUCUCGGUAAUUUUUAUAUUUUGUACAUUAGUGGAAUUGGCUAUCGUCUGCCAACUAAACAGAUGGGAAAGAGAACGUCAAAUUGGAAGCAAAGUUUUAGGACACUGGUUAAAUCAAAUAAAAAAAAAUAUGAGAAAUGAUAAAAAUAAGGGUACUGGUAGUGGUACUAAAAAUGGUAGUGAUAAUGAUAAUAAUAAUAAUAAUAAUGAUAAUAAUUCCACUGCAAGAAGAAGAUGGAUGAUAGGAGCAAAAAGUAUUAGUAAUCCUAUAAAUGGAAGUACAAUAAGAGAAAAUGAAAAUGAUUUAAUUUCAAAUAUUGAAUUAAAUGGUAAAGAAAUUGUUACAACAACAAUGUUAUCAAAUAGAAAUGAAGAUCAAAAAGAUACAUUAUUGUCACAGGUAGAAAAUGAAGUAUUAAAUUCUGAGAAAAAAUAUAAAAAAAAUAUAUUUUAUCGUGCCAAAUUUUAUAUUAUACGGUUAAUUAAUUCAUGGAUUGAAAGAGACUGGACCAUUACAUCAGUACAGGUUGAUAGGAUCUCUAUGAUUAUGUUUCCAUUAUCAUUUUUAGUUUUUAAUAUUAUAUAUUGGCUGGUUUAUUUUUCAAAAAUGGAUAGACCCUUAUAA